UGUACCUGGACAGCUUGAAUCAUCUUGGCCACCUCCACUUUAGUCUUUCCCUUCACUGGUUUCCCGUUCACGCCUGUGAUUUCAUCGCCUGCUGCCAGCGUGCCUUCCAGAGCUGCUGGGGUGUUAUCAAAGACCUGUGAGACAACAGUAACCACAUUGAAAAAAGACUGUGCCUGUGUGACAAGACCAUUACCAAUCACCUGACAUUAGCUCCAGGACUGUUCACUCAUACCAGGACCCAACGUGAACAUGCAACUAGAACUGAAGAAUGUGGAGCUGCGAGUUGGGAAUCAGCUGAAAAUAAAGGGAGUCAUUCUGCAUGAUGCUGCGAGAUUCCAGAUCGACCUCGGCUGUGAUGAAGACAACCUGGCGCUGCACUUCAACCCUCGUUUCCAUGAUGAAAGUGAUGGAGCUGUGCUUGUGUGCAACUCAAGGACUGAUGGUUGCUGGGGCCUUGAGAAACGGGAAAUAGACAACCCUUUGGAGAGGGGCGCAGAUGUCAAGAUUGUACUGAAGCUUGCUGGAGAUGUGUUUGAGGUGGAACUUCCCAAUGGACAUGAAGUCCAGUUUCCUAAUCGUGUUGGCAUGGACGUCAUCAACUACAUCAGAGUCACUGGGGACAUUAAACUGACGUCUUUCAAGGUCUGCUAAAAGAUGCAGCUUCAGCAACAUGUGCAUGCUGAGUUUAUCAGUUUGGUUGAAGUGACUUUGAGAUAUGGUCAGUUAUUGUAAGAAAAAUAUUUAGGUAUGCAGCUCCUCAGUACAUGGGAGGUGUAUCUACAUGUCCUGU